AACCUAAACGAUUGUAACAUCAACAAAUGGCGUACACUGCGAUGCCACAGCCGCCACAGCUUUGCAAGAGUUGUUUGCCUCCUGUAGCUGCAUGGUGAACGUGGUUUCGACAUCGUUUGGCACUGUUUAUGCGCCGAUAAUACGUUGGUCACAGUAACGACAUACAUACGCCUACAGUAUGAACGGCAUGCACUCACUGCAGGAAGAACUGGCACGCUUGGAUCUCAAGCGCAACUGCUCGCAGUCGGCAUCGGAGGACAGCUGCUGGCUAUGCGACGAUCUCGAAAAGUGGAACACCGUGCUCAACCCUCUGAACCUUCAUCUGACAGAGUGGAAGCUCGGAAAGCUUCAGCUGUGCACGCGGGACAGAAUCGUCGCCGAGACCCGCCUGAAAGACGUCACCGUCCGAUACGACGCUGACUACUUCACAGCUUGGCUGCCACGCAAACACAGUUGCGUCGAGGUGAUCCGCGUCACCGAACACCAUCCGCCCCCGCGGACAUUCGUCGUUCCCGAAACGAGUGCAGAGCAGCACGUGUCGAAACUUCGCCACAUAUUCGUCGAAGGCGACGCGCGCUACGACUGGGCCUUGCUUCUAGACAACCUAGGUCCCGUCUUUUCGCUCGAAACAUUCGAGCUGCGCGACGUCCGCGUAAGUGACAGCUUCGGCGCGAAGGCUGGUGAACUUCUCUCCACCAGUCGCGCUUCCGUCGAGACCGUCACCCUGUCCAAGGCCGCGUUCACUGGCACCGCCUCGGAAGCAGUCGUGAGCGGCAUAUCGAAAUGCGAGAAGCUCAAGAAUCUCUCGUUCAGUCCAAACCUGAACACCAGCGCACUGAGAAGCCUAGCCAAGCUGCUGCGAUCGUCAAAGACCCUGGAGACGCUGCGGGUGCAGUCUGAGCGUGAGAGUAACAUGUACUCCUCGGAAACGCGUUACCGGAUAAACGAACUGGAAAUGUCACUUGCAGUUGCCGCCCUUUUGAAACAGAACAUGUCACUCGUUGAGCUGCAUUACCAGGCAUCUAAGGAACCCCUCAUUAAUGUUCUGAUGGCCGUCGAAGCCAGUGACUUGCUCAGGCACCUUGUAAUCAUUGGGGAUGAUUACAGGGUUAACUACAUCGACCAAACUAUGGCCGAUUUGCUCGAGUCGGUGCUGUUGAAAAACCGAAGUCUUCGUUCACUGACAGUGAAGUGUUUCAAGAUGCUCCACGGUGUUGCCACGCACGUGUCCAGGGGGCUGCAGGGAAACACGACUCUUGAGACUCUCGAUGUGUCUCAGUGUUGUAUGGACGCGUCUGAGGUGCGAGUCCUCUGCAACGCUCUCAAACAAAAUACGACGUUGCUCAAGUUGAUGAUCGAAGCCCACUCAGGAUCGAAGAGUGAUAGGAUGGCAUUGUACGCGGACUUGGACAGGAACAGGUGGUACGGCCGCAUCCACUUUCCAUACAUACCCGUGGUCACCCAAGGGCUUGUCGCGUCCGUGUCGGAACCGCUGCUGUGUCCCACCGACUUGCAUCUCAUGCUCGACCAGGACACCGGAGCGUCCUUCACCUCCCUGUGCAGAGCACUAAGCUCGAGUCUCUCCGUAAAACGCCUAAGCGUCACCUUCAACGGCGCUCAGCACCAGCACAUGACAGCCCUCCUGACCACACUCGAGGAGAACAAGUCCCUCCUAUCCGUCACGCUCCACGAGAGCUUCCUAGACUCCAACUGCGCCGUGAUGGUAGCGCAGGGCCUCGCCGCCAACGAAUCCGCGGUCGAGCUGACGCUGGAGUGCCGCGAACUGAGCAGCAUGUCCGGAGAACUGAUCUCGCUGUUGCUUGAGUCCAACGAGAGCCUGCGCACUUUCCGGCUGUCAAGCUUACCUGAACUGCGACCCGAACUGCUCAACACUAUAUCUCACGGGCUCAUCGAGAACAAGUUCAUCACCGAGGUGCACAUGCACCGCGCGACGCCCUCCGCGAUGGCGGCGGUCCAGAGGAACCUGACGUGCCUGCACCGCGCCGUCCGUUUCGUGCUGAAGCGGAAUGUGGGCAAGCGUUUCGCUGAGUCGUUCGAGCUCCUCGAGUCAAAGCCAUCGUUGAUUCUGGCGUUGCAGUCGGAGGCCGGGAUGAGUGAAGCCGAAGCGAGGUGUGCCGUAAAGGCGGCGAGGCAUUUCCUCCGCACCAACUACCUUUUCAUCAACUGCGUUGUCCGCCGCAAGUUGGAGUGCUACCCCGAGAAACGCACGCAGAUCGACGAGCUUAGUCCCGACUGUUGGGUCGCUAUCGCAAAGCACUUGAAAGUCUGUGACGUUCUAUCCUGUGACACUUGUUGAACUCUAGUCGUUGGCGUUAAGUAAAGUUGGUUUACACCAACUUUCGUGGCAUAGUACAACUUAAAGGAGCUCAUAUUAUUGAUGAACGUUGUUUUUCUCAAUCAAAACUGUUGUUACUCCGUCUUUUGUUUAUUUUAUUUGUAGUCUUACAUUCCUUUCUUGCGGUUGAAUGUUUCUAAUAUAUCUUUUUUUUUUUCAUUUCGCUGGAAACUGGCAUUGUGUUAACGUGCUAUACUGCUCUAUCAACCACAUAAACUCAUGAAGGAAACAGCAUAAAUCAAACAAUUCGAGUAAGGCACCUCUUAUCUACUUACCAUGGCAUAUUCAAGUACAAACUAAGGUUAGAUGUUGUGAGUGUGUCAAAAAAGAAACUCAAGUGCAAGGUAAAGUAGACGGAUGUUCCUCCUGUGUACAUGUUCCAGAAAACUGCCGCUUCGGUGUUCACUCGCGUCUCUCCCAUCUGCACAUGUGUUCAUAUUGUAUGUGUGUGCAUACUCAUGUACAUAGAUGUUAAAUGUGUGUAAAGGCAUCACUUUUAAGUGUUCAGCCUAUAAUAGCUAAGUGAUGUGUUAUGCUCAACUCUAGCAUGGCAUGCUUCGACAAGGAGCGCUGAAGAAUCCUUCGGCAAUGUGUAUGGUAAAAAACUAACAUUUAGAUGGUUUAUAAAGACUUCUUGGGGAACACGUACCAUUAGUUGCAUCGCAUUGUUUUGUUGUAAUUGGUGUACUACAAUGUGAACUGCAGUACCGCAUACGUACAUAUAUAUGUACAUACAUACCUAUGUACAUACACACACACACACACACACACACACACACACACACACACACUCUCCGAGCAAUGUCACAACUUGCAACCGCAAACAUAGCCGCAAUUUACAGUCACAUAUUCAGCACCCGGAAAAUUCCCUCACGGCAGCAUCUAGCCGCAUAUCGUCUUUGUUGUCUGUAUUGUCCAACAUGUAUAUUACACUGAUUAAAAUCAAAUGAUGUUAAGGCAUUGGAUUCCUUCAGGUGGAGAAGCAGUUUUGGGUAUGUGCUCACUGAUUGGCUCACUUGGGCAAAACUAUGUGCUCUGUUACCACGAGAAAUUGCGCUGCUUUUUCUUGCCAGUGCUGUUGAGCCAAAGAAAUUCGCACAGGUGCUAGUGGAAAUAAGCAUCCAUUGGUGUCCUGAUUAACCAUGAUUGUUAUCAAAGGGACAGAUGCAUCACUCAUACACCACUUACAUCAUAUAUACAUUAUCUUAUCAAUCUCUCUCUUCCCGCCCCCCUCCAUCUGUCUUCACAGUUGGAAAAAAUUAGUUUUUCCACGACAUCUGUACAGGCGUAGUAUUCGCACUAUCCUGAGUAUAGUAAGUGUGCUCACAUGCUGUACUGGUAGGCUGUCACGUGGAUCCAAUCCAAUGUAAUCUAGCCUAAUUAAAUUUUCUGUGCACGGCACCAGUGUAUGGUACGUGUCAAACUCUCAAAGUCCUCCUUCGUAGCUGUUGCUGUUCUCUUGCUCUGGAGAGAAAAGAAAGGCUCGGUGAUCAUUGCAGCGAGCCAUAUUGAGCAUUCGAUCUUUGCUCACAGUCGGCUUCUAUACUUUAAACUAUCUUUGUUCCUUUUUGUAAGAGCCAAACUAGUGAAGUGCUAGGUGAUUGGUGUUUUCAUGUUCCUCAGGAAAUCAGUUGCAUCGGGGCCAACACAGAAGUAAGGUCGCAUGCUUGAACAGCCAUGCUUCUUGUACAAAAAGAUAAAUGUGUCGUUGGUAUGCUCACUUAGAUAUGAAUAAGUUUACUAUUAUUAAUGAUAAGCAUCUGUGCAGCUAUUAUAAUGAAUACCCAUCUGAAAUUCUGACUCCCCCUCCCUAGAAGAAAGAAAUAAAAAAGCGAAUAGUGUACGGAGACAAAGUGUCUAACUUGAGUCUAUCUAACAUAUGAUUUUGGCGUGUUCGCGUGGGAUGUAUUUAUUUAGCUGAUCGGAAUAUGCUUCCUUUAGGUGCAUGUUAUGAUUGAUUUGUUCUAGAGCCGACAUAUUUUCGAUGUAUACUUAAGAACCAAGUUUUAAGAAACAGAAGUUGUACCUUCUGUCUUGUUCAUCAGUUGAAGCGUCGUUUAAUGUAAUGCUCUUGUUGUGCUAUUAAAAGUCUUGUGACCUCAACAUUUCCCUUGAGCAAAGUAUGCAUGUCUUUUUCAAGUCUUUUGUCGGGCUCUCGACAAGCGGUCGAGAGUAUCAUUUGUCAAACAUGAA